AUGGAGCACUCUCACCGCGAGCUCCUGAUCAGCAACAUUCUGCCCGCAAAUGAGGCAAAGAAUGUAAAUGGUUCGAAUUUUGCAAGAUCGGAGAGUCACAUCAGCAACUCCAGUGCCAUCAUCAUCGAAGCAGAAGCCUGCCGACAGAGGUACAAGCGGCUCCACCCCAAGGACAUCACUGAGGACGAGAAGGACUACAAGACUCUUGUUCAUACAAUACAGCCGGACAGGCUUUCGGCCAUUUUCAAGAGCAAGUGGGGCGAGGGUUCGUGCAAAACGGGCCUCUGUGGCCUGAAGGAAGAGCAGGCACGGGUUUACUUCAAUGUGUACGGCAAAAACGAGAUUACCCCGCCAAAGCGGGAGAACAUCUGGAUCAAGCUGUUGAGGCAGACAUUUCUGGGCAUUUUCAACAUCCUGCUCUGGUCCUGUGUUGCCGCUGAGGUGGCCCUGAUCCUCAUCUUCUCUGGGGAAUCACCUAGUGCCGACGAGGCAGCUCCCACCGUAAAGGCCACCGCCGCUUCAGAGGCUCUGGCUGCGCACAGUGAAGAGGGCCCCGACUAUGUCACACCCAUCAUCCUCUCGUCAGUCAUCGUCAUGGCAGCUCUCCUCCAGUGGUACUCCGAGCUUAAGGCCGAGUCCCAGAUGGAAGCCAUGCAGAAACUGCAGGCUGCUGCCAAGGUGCCAGCCGUACGCAUCGACAAAGGACGGCGCGUGGACUUGGAGGUGGACCCCCUGCACCUGGUGCCUGGGGACAUCAUUUUCCUCCAGGCCGGUGAUCGUGUUCCAGCGGACGUUCGCAUUUUGCAUUGCACCGAUGGGACAGAGGUGGACAACUCGGCACUAACAGGGGAGUCCAUGCCGGAGCCGCGUCAUACAAAGACCGAGCCGGUCACCUGCCCCCCGCCUGAAGCCCGGAACCUGGCCUUCUUUGGAACGACGGUGCUCAAGGGCAACGCCACCUGCCUGGUGCAUGCCACUGGUGAUGCGACGUUCCUGGGAAAGAUUGCUCAAGGAAUCAAGUCUUCAAGGGUGAAAUCAACCUUGGAGAUCCAGAUAGAACAUUUUGUCCACAUCAUUGCGGUCGUUGCCAUCUGCGUCGGCUUGUUGAGCUUGUUGGCCAACCUGCUUUCUCCCGUGAAGCGUGGCCCAGCCGAAAUCCUUCAAAACAGCGCAGCGGCGCUCUUUGCGCAGGUCCCCGAAGGUCUUCUGCCAACCGUGACAAUCUCGCUCAUGAUUGCCUCGGAUCAGAUGGCAACACGGAACGUGAUUGUUCGCAAGAUUGAUGCUGUGGAGACGCUGGGGUGCGUGUCAGUGUUUUGCUCCGACAAGACAGGCACGCUGACGACGGGGGAGAUGGCGGUUCAGGACUUGGUGGUGCCGAUCGCUGGAGCAAACUUGAACUUGGAGGUCCACAAUCGUGACAAGGAAAGCGGAAAGUUUAAGGCCAUGAGGAGCUUGGACACAACUGCGCUUUGCGGAAUCCUCAACAACGGAGCCGAGUUCAAAGUGGACGGUAAGGAGGAGCGCUGGACCGGAUCUCCCACGGAGGUCGCGAUCUUGCGUGCCUGUGCAGAGGUGGCUGGAGGUCCUGGCCCUACGGCCACGCUGAAGUCGAAGCCGGAGAACUACAAGACUUUCGAGAUCCCUUUCAACUCAGAGAACAAGUGGAUGCUUACCAUCCACGGCACUGCCGGACAGGGAAAUUUCUUUGCGAUCCUGAAGGGAGCUCCAGAGCGCGUCCUCAAGUAUACCACCCUGGCUGCAGAUGCGACAGCCAUGGGAAAGAUCGAGCAGCAGCUCCAGGAUCUCAUGGGCCAGGGGCGCCGUGUGCUGUGCAUCGCCAAGCGUGACAUAUCCGGUGGCGACAUCCCAGCGGGUGGGAAAUUCGAGGGCACAAAUGCCGCGGACUGCAACUUCCCCAUGAAAGACUACGAGUUCGUGGGCUUGUACGGAAUCGAGGACCCGCCGAAGAAGGGAGUGGACGAGGCCGUCUUGAUGGCGCAGCGGGCUGGCGUGAAGGUGGUCAUGGUGACCGGGGACCAUCCCGACACAGCUCGUGCGAUUGCAGGCCGCAUCAAUAUCCUUGGCUCCAGCGCGGACGAAGCGAACGAGGCGGAGCAGCUCCAGGGCUCUUCGGAGUUCUCGGUCAUUACUGGAGUCAUGUUGGAUAGCCGCAUCCCACGCGGUGACAACUUCACAGAUGAGGAGCCCGAAGAUAAUGUGAAGUGGUGGAGAAAGGCCGUGCAGCACACUCGGGUGUUUGCCCGCGUCUCGCCGAUCCACAAGCAGGUCAUCGUUCAGGCUUACCAGAAGUAUGGUUACAAUGGCAUUGGCGACAUCGUGGCGAUGACGGGCGACGGUGUCAAUGAUGCCCCAGCCCUCAAGCAAGCGGAGGUCGGCGUCGCUAUGGGUCAGCGCGGUACUGAAGUUGCCAAGGAUGCUUCUGACAUUGUACUGCACGAUGACAACUUUUCGUCCGUGGUGAAGGGAAUGGAGCAAGGACGUUUGUCGAGUGAGAACCUCCAGAAGUCCAUCAUGUACACACUGUGCUCCAAGGUCCCGCAGGUCGCGCCAACCUUCGGGGAGCUGUUCGGAGUUCCGCAGGCCUUGACAGUGGCACAAGUGCUUCUCAUCGACAUCGGUACAGACAUCUGGACGGCCAUCGCGUACGCCUUGCAACCGGCUGAGUCCAAGUUGAUGGAGCGGCAACCCAGGCAUCCCCGCUAUGAGAAGAUGGUGAACUGCAAGGUGUUGGUCUACAGCUACGGUUACAUUGGGCAGCUCCAGAUGCUCUUCUGUUGGUUGAUGUUCUUCUGGGCGACUCCCGGAAUGUGGGAUCUGUACAUGUCCGGCAAGAGCCCCAACGACUACGCAGUCGAGGACUUCGACACUGACACUAUGGGCAUGACCGUCUACUAUUGGACGCUUGUGGUUGGGCAGAUUGCUGCAGCUGUGUCGACCACGACAAAGAUGCAGAGCGUUUUUGGAUUGGGCACCACGCCCUACUGCUUUCCGAACAACACCCUGAACCUGAUGUUUGUUGGGGAGGUGGUCAUGGGCCUGGCCGCCAUCUACUGCCCACCCAUUCAGUCUGCCUUUAAGACAGGUUGGAUACCGAUGAGAGCUGUUAUACUUCCUUGCAUUGCCUUUGUUGGCAUCAUCUUCGCAGAUGAGAUUCGGAAAAUGGUGGCACGUGGUUGCGAUGAGUCUUCUCAGCCUCGGCCUCGGUAG